AUGGUGGCGACCUUCACGACCCCUGCAGUGCUGGCUCUGGCUCUGAUGGCUCUGGCCAUCACUGGACAUGCCGCAACCGUGAAAGAUGAUCCUCAAUCGCAACACCCUUCAUCACAGUCGUACUCACCACCAGAGACGUCACACACUAGUCGGACUGACCCAUCCUCGAGCGGCUUGCUUCCAAGUCACACAAAAGACGCUUCCUCCGAUGCUCCUGGACCAACACCAAAACCAGCAGUGAUUGAAGGGAGCUGCCCUCUGUACAAGUACACCUCUUCUGAUGGCAUAUUUUAUGGCGUCUACUGCGACGCUGCCAUUACCGGUACAGAGCUUGUGGAUAUCGGUGCCAGACAAGCCGUCUUGGUUUCAGGCGACAGCUGCGCGAAAAAGUGCAACAGCAACAAUACUUGCGUCGCUUUCAACUACAACGACGGCGCGGAAUGUGCCUACUUCAGUGAGAUCUCAGAGACCGUUAAGACGAAGGGUACAUAUGCCUAUGUCAACACCGGCACUGCUACCCCCAUCAGUUUCAUCGACUGGAGGACCUACGAGGCCAAUGGCGUCAACACUGGCGCCUGGCUCGAGCAGGAGCAGAAUUACGACACGCAAUGGUGGGCCCCCAACAUUGGUAGCUAUCCGGAUGAGUGGUCCUGGUGUGGCGCCGUUGGCUUCGACGUCGAUACCAUGGGCAAGCCCAGGAUCAACACCUUGAGGAUUUUUACCACGUAUGCUGCUUGGGUGAAGGUGCCUGGCUCGAACCUCUAUCAUGGCAACCAACAAGAAAAUCUCAUGGAAAUCACCAAGUACGCCAUUGAACAGUAUGGCAUGCACGUUAUCAUAGGGUUGCACUCUCUCCCCGGAGGCGUCAACACGCUUCAGAUCGGCGAGGCCUUCGGACACGACGCUUGGUUCCAGAACCUGACCAACUUCGACUACUCCUCGUUAGCAAUCGACUCGAUCCUCGACUUUAUCCAGAGAUCAGGCCACACCAACGGCUUCAACAUUGCCCCAAUAAACGAAGCUUCCGAUAACUGUGCUGCCUUCGCCACGCCAGAAGGCCUCACUGUCGAUGGUACCGCCUGGAUCAACAAGUACAUCCACGGCUGCCUCGAGCGUAUCGCGAAGGUGGACAAACGCAUCCCACUCAUGCUGCAAGAUUCCUUCUUCAGCGAGCAGUACUGGUCCCCCUUCUACCCCGCCGAUACUAACAUAGUCAUCGACUCACACAUCUACUUCUUCGCCGCGUCUGGGAUCUACGCGCAGUAUGUGGCUCCAGCCAUCUGCGGACAGGCAAAGUACGUUGGGGAAGGUGAUGGCAAGUUCCCAGUCUUCAUUGGAGAGUGGUCUCUGCAGGUGCUGUACAACAACACGCUUUCUGAUCGCAAGAGGUUGUAUGAUACACAGAGAUUCGCGUAUGACUUGUAUGCAUUGGGCAGUGCUUUUGGGAACUACCAGAUGCUGAACGACGUCGACACUGUCGAUGGCGAGGGCAAGUUGCAAGAUUACUGGUCAUGGACCAGUCUUGUCAAUGCUGGUGUGGUAUCGGAAAACAUCGCUUCAAAUAGCACCCACUGCAGCUAA